AUGGAACCAGAUCCAAAAUUAUUGUCUCUAUUAGAGAAGGUUAAUAAUCCAAUAGAAUUGUUUAAAAUACAUAUAACUGUGAAAGUAAAGUGGCAAUAAAAUAAUUAUUAAAGGGAGUGUAUGGAUUUACAGAAGAUUGGAAAUUAACAGAUGAAACGAAUCCAGGAAUAUUUGCAAAUGUUGUUCGUUAUUAAGGGGAAGAUUUAUUUGGCAAGAUCAAGGGUCGAGAAUUGACAGAGAAAGAGAAAUUUGAAGAGUAUUAGAAAAAUAGUAAAAAGAAUAAAAAAGACACUAAGAGUCCAGAGGAAGAAGAAUAAAUGAAGAAAGUAUUGGCAUUAGAAGAAGAAGAAGAAUUGAAAAAAUAAUAACAUUUGGGGACUCUUUAAGAAUAGGAUAAAUUAUAUUUUAUAUCAGAAGACAAAUUCAAAACUACUAGCAUCUAAUAUGAAGAAACACAUACUAUUGAAAUAAAAAAUGUACGUUAAUUAGAAGAAGAAAUUCUUGAUAAUAGAAAUUUUAUUUAUUUUAUUAGAUAACCUGCUAUUACAGAAGAAGAAUUAGCUAAAUUGAAGAAAGGAAAGACUAAAAAUUUAAAUAAUGCUGAAUUAACUUAAAUAAUAUUUAAGGGUGUUUUUGAUUUAUCAGAUUUAUUAGAACCAGGAUGUACACAUACAAUUGUUAGAUCAUUUUUAAAAUAAGAAGAUAAUGCAGAUUGUCCUAAAUAUAAUUGUGAUAAGAUGUAUAUUAAAGUAGAAAUAGAGACAGAACCUGCAUUAACUCCUUUAAUUGAAGAUAUUGCAGUUUUGAAUAUUGAACCUGUUAUUGUUUAAAGAAUACCAAGUAAAUUUGAGUGUGUUGGAUAAUUUCAAAGUAUUACUUAUUCAUAAUUAUAGGUGAUAUAAAAGAAGCUAUGAAAGCAUUAGAUGAAGAAUAUUCUAAACUAUACCCAAGUGAUUAAAAGGCUAAAGUUAGUGUGAAUUUGACAAUUUAAAAAAGAUAAGAAUUAUAAAAGAAGAAAGAAUCCUUUCUUAAUGAAAUUAAUUAAUCAGGAAAAUACAAAAUUCUUUAAGAUAGAUUGAGAUCAUCUAUUAUUAGAGUUUGUAUUGAUAAAUUUGCUAAGGAAGGAUUAUUUGUAGGAGUUAAUAAGGAUGAAUAAGACAGACUAUUUGCAGAAUUAUAUGUUUUUAUGAUGGAAGAAAUGUAAACUACUCUUGGUGAAUAUGUAUUAAAUAAUAAAGAAGAUAUUCAUGAAGAUUUAUAUUCAACAUAUGAUUAAAAUCAAAGAGAUAGAGAUGUUGUGUUUCAAUCUUUGAAAGAAUAAGCAUUUAAGAAAUUUAAGAGAUUUGCUGAAUAAUAUGAAACAAUUAAUUAAGUUGAUUAAGCAUUAAAAUAUUAUACUAAUAUGGUAUUGAUGGAUCCUAAAUCAGCAACUAUUUUUGCUAAAUAUUGUUUUAAAAUUUAAAGAUUUAAAGCAGCUGAAUAAUUAAUCUAAAUGGUUAGAGAUAUAGAAUGGAAUAAAGAAAAUGAAUUAUUGAUGGCUUGUCUUUAUAUCAGAAGAGAAAGAUACAAAGAAGCUACUAAUAUUGUUUAAGCUUUACUUUAAAAGGAACCUAUUAAUACAUUAUUUAAUUUACUUAUGUCAUUCAUAUAUAAACAGGAAGGAAAUUAAAAUAUGGCAGACAAAUAUUUGAGAUGUACUUAAAGAAUAUUUAUGAGAACCAUGGGUUUAUUAACGAAAGGGUAUUAUUUUCUAUAUUUACUUAAGAUUUCCAAAAUAAUAACCAGAUCCUCAUGUUUUACCUAAUUUCAAAUAACAAAUGAUUGAAUAAUAAGAAAAAGCCAAAAAGGCUCCUGUGUUAACUCCAGAAUAGACAGAUCAAAUACAAUUAGAAUUAAUAGAGUAUUUUGCAUCUCGAAGUCUAUUUGAUUUAGCUGAAAAAGCUCUUAUCAAUGUUAAAGAUAAAACAACAUAAAAGAUAAAUAUCAUAAAGGCAUAGAUUCAUAUUUUCAAUGAAAAUUAUACAGAAGCUUUUAUUUUAAUUUAAAAGAUCUUAAAUUAAAAUCCAAAAAAUUAUGAAGUCUAUUUAAUAAAAGGUGCUUUAUGUUAUUAAACUGAUCAGUUUUAUGAAGCAGAGGAAACCUUUUUAAAAGCUUUAUCUAUUCAACAAAAGAAAUCCUUUGAUAUUUUAUUAAGAUUGGGGUAUUUAUAUUUGAAACGUAAGUCUUGGCAUGAUGCUAGAGCUAUUUUUGAAAGAGCUUUAGAUUAAUAAGUUCCUUCAAAUAGUUCUUUAACAUGGUUGGGACUUGGAAUUUCAAAUUUAAGAUUAAAUGAUCCUAUAGCUGAAGAAUGUCUUUGUUAAGCAAGCAUACAUGAACCAUUUAAUGGUGAAGUUUGGGGAUAUUAAGCACUAAAUUGUUUAUAAUAAAAAAGAGGAUAAUAGGCUAAAUAAUGCUUAUAAAGAAUGGAAUAAACAGAAGUAAAUGAUUUAGAUUUAUUAAUUGAAUUGGCAGAAGAAAUGUAUAAUUGUUAAGAUUUUGAAAAUUGCAGAUAAAUAUUGAUGAGAGUCUAUAACUCAAAAGUUAAGAUACCUAAUAUGGGUUAACUAUUAAAGAAUUUGGGAUAAGUCCAUGCAGAAUUAGGAAGAAAACAAGAAGCUAAAUAAUAUUAUUAGGAAUCAUUACUAUAUUUAGAAAGUAGUAAUGAAAUAGAGAAAGUAAAUAAAGAAAUAAAAUUUUUAUGA